AUGGGGGGUUGGACCGGCUUCCUCAUAACCUACCUCCUGGGAGGCCUGACCUUCUUACCCUUAGUGAUCCUCACCGUUCUCGCCCACGCCUAUUUCACCCUUCCCUACCGACAGGAUGUCGACACGAGUCGCGACGCUUCCGUCGACGUCGCCGCCGCCGGUGGUCCGGACUCAAUCGUCCAGCCCGGCGACGAUCUCACCGCUCUCGAGGCCGUGAAGGCCACCGCGAAGGACGAUGCCACCGCGGCGGCGACGAAGCGCUCGGCGCAGGACAAUGACGUCGCGGCGGGGUACUUCGCUGUGUGUAGAGAGUACACCCCCAUGGGCAUCAACGCGAAGCCCAUCGAGAGGUCCACCCCGACCGGCUCAACCACCGUCGCCGCGCCGAGCCAGAGCGUCUAUCAGACCAUGUACAGGAGCAUUUUCGAGCGGAAGCCGACACCGGGGCCCUUGGACAACAGGAACGGGCUGAGCCAGCGUCCCAAAAACGCUGGCAAUGUGUUUUAUGUCGUGUUGAGGUUUGCGCCCCCAUGCAAUCAGCCUGCCACCCCUCGUCGACUCCGGAGACUAACAUACUGCAGGCACGGGCAUCUGAUGCUCUUUGAUGACGAUGAACAAAUCGAGGUCCGGCACGUAGUCUCGUUGUUGCACCACGACAUUAGUAUAUACUCGGGGGGAGACGUCACGCCGGAAGGCGAGCUCUACAUCAAAAGGAACGCGUUGUGUUUGUCACGUAGGUCAGAUGGGCCAGAAGUCGGACCGGACAGCCAGCUCUCCAAACCCUUUUACCUCUUCUCGGAGAACUGUUCCGCCAAGGAGGACUUCUACUUCGCUAUGCUCCGUAACCAGGAGCAGAACUUUGGCGCCGAGAGAAAGGCACCCAGGCCGAAGCAGUUUGAGGUCAAGAACAUAAUUGCGUUGGUCCAGAAGCUGCACUCCUCCGAGGAGCACCUGUCCACGAGGUGGUUGAAUGCCAUGAUUGGCCGAGUGUUUCUGGGCAUUUACAGGACGACGGAUCUCGAAAAUUUAAUCCGUGAGAAGCUCACCAAGAAGAUUGCGCGUGUCAAGCGGCCUUCAUUUCUCACCAACAUUGCCAUUCGCCGCAUCGAUACCGGCGAGUCUGCGCCCAUAAUCACGAACCCGCGCCACAAGGAUCUGAAUGUUGAGGGAGAAUGCGUGAUGGAGGCCGAUGUGCGAUAUACGGGCAAUUUCCGAAUGGAGGUGGCCGCGACAGCCCGAAUAGACUUGGGCGCACGCUUCAAAGUCCGCGAGGUCGACCUCGUUCUUGCAGUGGUCAUCAAGAAGCUCGAGGGCCACAUGCUUUUCAAGAUCAAGCCCCCGCCGAGUAACAGAAUAUGGCUUUCAUUCCACAGCAUGCCAAAGAUUGAGAUGACAAUCGAGCCGAUUGUGAGCGCGAGGCAGAUUACAUACACCAUUAUUUUGCGGCAGAUUGAGAAUCGUAUCAAGGAGGUCGUCGCCGAGACCCUGGUGCAGCCAUUCUGGGACGACAUGCCCUUUUUCAACACGGAACACAAGAGAUGGCGGGGCGGGAUCUGGGAUGACGACGAUGCCGUUGUCAGCUCACCCAGCGUGGAGACUAACGUUGCCGGGGAGGGUGACGUGGAGGGGGUCGACCACCUUGACGAGACGGUUGACUUGCAAAGCGACAUGAGACCGUUCGAAAAGAGCCACAGCAUGCCAAUCGUUGAGAAUACACAAGCAACCGGAUUGUUCGGGAGGAAGAUACAAAACAAAGGGCCGAUCAGUCCCUUAAAUAGUUCUUCUACAAGCGUCGACGUCGCAAGCUCGCCUACUACCGCGACGCCGAUACCUAAACCGUUCAGGUCGCCGUCAAUAUCCAUUCCUGUGGUCGGUACCGACGCGGCGCACGCGGACGUUUUCAAGCCUUCUUCUUCACCACCGGAUCACGCUUCCAGCAUGAUGGCAGCGUUGUCAGCAAGGUCCACACCAGUGACAACGCCCUCCGAGACCCCAGCCAGACCACCACCCGUCGCAAAAGCACCAAGCCAGUCUUCCGCAUCCUCGCGCGAAGCCACGGAUAAUGAGAACGAGACGAAACGCAGGCCGAUGGCCAAGGAACGCCGCAGCACAGCUUCAUCUGCGGAGUCGAUACGCAUCAACGAAUCGACCGACCCAAACUCACCUACCUCAUCUUCAAGAGCCUCCGUCAGAAGCGCCACGGGUUCCGUCUCUAAGGGCUUGUUUCGAAGGGAGAACACGGGCAGCACGAACUCGACCGCGUCGACAAACGGCGAGGGGAAGCGCACGACUCUCGCCGCCGUCGCCAACGCCGCGGUCACGGCCAGGCAGUGGGGAUGGAACGCGAUACAGAAGCACAAGGACGCCAAGAACGGCGCCUCAGCGGAGCAGAAUCCCCCGCUGGAUCUCAACCAGCCGAUGGGCAGAGGUCGGCCCCUCCCGCCACCGGGCACGCCGCUCCCCCCGCCCGAGAGAGGGUCUAAAGUGACGACGAUCACCAUGCCAAAGCGCAAACCCAUCGCGCCGCCGAAUCUCCCAGAACGGCCUCACUCGGCCGCGGCGUCCGAGGGGAAAUUGGAGCGCAGGCCCGUACCGCCUCCGCCCCUACCCUCGCGGCGCCAUCUGGACACGAGCAAGAAUACGGACGGCGGCGGAGAGAGUUUGUUGGUUGUGGAAGCGCCUCUCGACUCGGAGCCCUCGACGCCGAUGGAGGAGAGUAUGCCUCUGCCGGCGUACGUUCAGCCUUGGGCGGAGGACGCUUCCGAUGGCGAAGGGGCUCCGGAGAGGGGUCGUGAUCGCAGGAUUGAUGAGAGGAAGGAACAUGAGAAUGAAGAAGAGGAGAGCAAGAGUAGGACGCCGCCGCCGUUACCGCAGCGUCGAGGGACGAAUCUUGAUGAUCCCAUUAUCGCGAAACCGGUGAAUGUCUCUGGGGCCGAUGGCGACGACGACGAUUACUCCGCAUGGAUGGAUGAGCAGGAUGAGGGUGUCGUCGGUGUGGACGGGAGGUCGAGCGUCGAGGUGAAGUAA